GAGCAUGGCAAGACGACGAGGGGACGGUGGUCGUCGUGAAGGAUUCGCGCAUGUACGGCCCAGAUGGCGGCCAGCUCGACCUGAAAAUCACUGGCCAGACGACGUGCUCUUUCCAGAUGGGCAGCGAGGUCUACAAAGGGACCUUGAACUCCGAGGGAAAGCUGGAGUGGAACGACGGAGCUGUUUGGAUACGCGUGAAUGGGGCCGACAGCCAGUCGAAGGAAGAGGAGGAGACUCCACAGGACUCCAGCAUCGAGAAGGCUCGGAAGGCUUUCGCCGAAGAAAAAGCUCGCAAGGCGGCGGCACUGGACAAAGCCCGAGCAGCGCGCGCUGCGGCACAGAACCAGGACGGAUCCUACCACGACACCGGUGUGGACAGAGCGAAGCAGGCCUUCGAGGAGGAGAAAGCCAGGAAAGCAGCAGCUUUGGAACGGGCCAGGAGGGGAUCCGCCGAGAACAGCCACCCCAACCGUGGAGGGGCAGACGCUCCGCAGGACAUGGCUACGAAGAACGAUGCGGGUGUGGACCGUGCUAGACAGGCCUUUGAGGAGGAGAAAGCUCGCAAAGCAGCUGCGCUGGAGCGAGCCAGGAGGGCCUCCGCCGAGAACCAGGCAGCCCCGGCCCAGGACACGCGCCAAGCGGACGCAGGGGUGGAUCGCGCCAAGCAGGCCUUUGAGGAGGAGAAAGCUCGCAAAGCAGCUGCGCUGGAGCGAGCCAGGAGGGCCUCUGCCGAGAACCAGGCAGCCCCGGCCCAG